CACCACUGCAAACCAAGACAGUGAAUGAAAUCACCGUUUUGGACAAAAACGGUGAUAGCAUCAUCGCUGUGGACAACAACAGUGAUGCUAUCAUCACUGUGGUUAAUGGCGGUGAUUAAUUCACCGUUGAUUUGCGACGCGAUGAAGGAUCCUCACCGUUGAAGCAAAAAGCGGUGAAGUGGCGCAGAUCGCUGACGUGGAAAGCGGGGCUAUCACCGCUGACCAAAGCAGUGAUAGCCCCGCUUUCCACGUCAGCGAUCCGCGCCACCCGCGCCUUUCACCGCUGCCGUUGGAUCCAGUGAGGCGCGGAUUGUGGUUUUUCUCCACGAUCCGACGCCUCACGCCGCGCCACGUCAGCUAUCCAGUCCAUCACCGCUUUUGUUGGACGCAGUGAUUUCACUGCCUUUAUCAGAUGCGGUGAUUGGUCCCUGGUAAUUUUUUCCAGCGCCCCUUUCCCCCCUUUCCCCUAUAAAUACCACUCCCCCCCCCCCCCCCCCCCCCCCCCCCCCCCCCUCAUUCCAAACCACACCAAAAUCUUAUACUUCUUUCUCCCUCCUUUACUUUCCUCUAGUUUCGUUCUAAGUAUGCUCUGUGGUUGCGGCUAAGUCCGAUCUUCCGCAUCAGAAAGAAUUACUAGAGUUUUUGUUUUGUCGAUACUCUCGCUAGCUUUUCGGCAAAAAAUGGACGAAGAGGCUUUGAGAGUACGUAAAUUAAUUUUAUUCUUUUGUGAUUUUUUUUUACAUGGGUGCUCAAAUUUAAAUUGAUUUGAUUUUAUAUUUUUUUAUAGAUGGGUGCUGAGAUAUACGACCCUCGAUUGUAUAUCGAUCCUGGCCCAAGGGAUUGAAGGUAUUUAACCGGGCAAGAUCAACAUCGCUCCCGUUCAAUUUGGAACAAUAAUCCGGUAGACACACUAAAUUUAUUUCAAUAGUUUUAAAGUUUUUAUUUUUCUUUAUAUUGACUGAUAAUAUUGUGUUUUUUGUUUUGUAGGAAUCACUUAUUCCCAUCGCUCAUCGAGGGACAUGUCGAUUGCCCCGUUGGCAUGAUCGACUGCAGCCCUAUAUAGAGAGGACAGGAUUGCACAUGCUGAGGCACUUUACGAGGCUUGAUAUUGACAACGAUCUGCUGACGGCAAUGGCAGAGCGAUGGCGCCCCGAGCUGCAUACCUUCCACUUUCCCGAGGGUGAAAUGACGAUCACCCUCAAAGAUGUUGCCAUCCUCACCGGGCUCCCGAUCACCGGAGAUGCCAUCAUCGAUAGCUCGAAAAAACCGGAAGAUGGUUGGGGGCCGUUGAUUCUAGAGCAUUUGGGGUUCGACAUGCCGACCACCACGCCCGUCGACGAUCAUGGGCAUCCACCACUGAAUGCGGGGCAAGUAUCGGUCGCGUGGCUUGUUGACCACAUCCAAAUGGAGGUUAACAUAGGCCCCGACACUCCUGAAGAUCAGGUGGAGCAGUAUGCACGUGUCUACCUAAUUGGUUUGGUUGGUGGGUUUCUGUUCCCCGACAAGUCAAACCGGUGGACACAAGGCAUGUGGUUAAAUAUGCUUUUCGGUGACUGGGACGAGAUUGGGAAAAAAAGUUGGGGGUCGGCCGUCUUGGCUGGGAUCUACCGAGAGUUGUGUACUUGCUCGAGGUUGGGAGCGAAACAAGCUGGCGGUGCGAUGUUCAUACUCCAACUCUGGGCAUGGGAGCAUCUUCCGUUUUUAGCACCUCGAGACCCUCGGGAAUUCUGGUUGCCAGACGAUGAGCUACGAUUUGUAGCAAAUCCCCCAUAUGGUUUCAAGUAAGUUUAAUUUAAGUUUAAUUUAUUUUAGAUAUGCAAUGGUAGUAUUUUAGUGAAUUUAGAUCUAUUCCAAGUAAGCGAAUUUAGUGAAUUUUAGUGAAUUUAGAUCUAUUCCAAGUAAGCGAAUUUAGUGAAUUU